AUGGAGCAAUGGGAUGACGACACCAGCUAUUUGGAGAUGAUAAGAAUGGUUUCAACCAGUGAGGAGGCGAUACCAGCAGCUACAUGGGACGAAAUUGUGCUGGACCAAUCAAGUGUGAGCACUCAGCUGCUCAUAAUGGACUGUGAUGUGUUCUUCGUCCGGGACGGCCUAUCCAGCAAACCUCGGCAAAUUGUGAUGCUCACCGGUUUGGUCUAUGUGUUUAGAUCGAGUCGGGGGUGUUACAAACCCUGUGAUCGAAGCACCAGCACCACCGCGACCAACACAAGGACGUUGUUAUUCCUUAGACAAAGAGAAGAUAAAGCUGUUUCAAGAACGGAAAUUUUAAUUCUCAAGCACGACGGGGACGAAACCCUUCGGAAGAGGAAACGUACGAAACCCUCCUCGAAAGGAAAGAGGCGGAUGGAGCAAUGGGAUGACGACACCAGCUACUUGGAGAUGAUAAGAAUGGUUUCAACCAGUGAGGAGGCGACACCAGCAGCUACAUGGGACGAAAUUGUGUUGGACCAAUCAAGUGUGAGCACUCAGCUGCUCAUAAUGGAUUGUGAUGUGUUCUUCGUCCGGGACGGCCUAUCCAGCAAACCUCGGCAAAUUGUGACGCUCACCGGUUUGGUCUAUGUGUUUAGAUCGAGUCGGGGGUGUUACAAUGAUCAAUAG